AUGAAUUUGAAGGUAGAGCAGAUGAUCAAGAAGGUGAUUGUGUUCACCAAUCUACAACCACCUGAUACAACCACCACCUGGGAGUUUCAGUCCGGAGCGAGUUUGAGGCAAUACAAAGCAAGUUCAAGGACAAAGGGUAAGGGGAUGAUGUUGUGCCACACAUUUUGUAUUGGCACGUUUCUAAUGAUGAGGAUUCCCGGAUUUGUACACAACAUUCAGGGUUCACGCUGUUGA